GGACGACGCUCCAUCAACAACCACCUCACUCGUCAUCCGUCGCGACAACAGACCAUCGUCCAUCUCGGCGGGAGACUGUGGCGCUAGAUAUCUUGGUCGCUCGGACUCUCACAGCCGGCACAAAAGGUCGUGUCGUGCCGCCGUGACCUCGAGCGCCUCUGGGCGUCAUUUGUUCCUUCCAGUCCUCCACCCGCUUUGUUUCUCUUCUUCCCGGCCAGGGCACCAAAUCUGUAAACAGCGCGUGAAGGGAAAUAAUGACCCUUUGCCGACCUCUGACCUGGCGACACAUUUAAGCUGCCGCCGCGACGCGCACGCCGAUCGCAGGGUAUGCCUCAUCGCCCCCAUCCGUACACAUUCCCCUACCCAGUCUUGCCUUUGCCGCACUCCUACACGCUCUGUUUUUGUUUUUGCUUUUAGCGAAGCGACCAAGCAAGCAGCUGCGCUGCGGACUCCGCGACUCGUGUGAAUUUUUCUUCUUUAUUUUUCACGCAUCAAUGAAAUGCCAGCGGUCUUAAGACGCCAUGGCCAUAAGGUCCCAGACCCGCCGAGGUGGUCCCUUGAAGGAACUCAACCCAGCCACAUAAGGGGAUGGCAACGGUCACUUGAAGGGCUGCGAGCAAGACUGCCAGCACGCCGGCUCGAAGUUUGGCAAAGCCUGCCUUGGAACGCAUUGCGCACGUCUUGGACCAGCUCUCUGGGAGAGCGUCCCUGAUAGAAUGGCGUCGUUCCCGCGCGGCGGAUUAAUUGACUGGUUGGGUACGGUUGGACGACCUUGGCGCUGUCUGCCCUCUUGACGAAACACCAGAACUGUCGACGAGAGCGCGCAGCUUCAAAACCAAAGGGUUUACAUAUGCCGAAGUGUACUCUUUUAACUGCUUCAGGUGGCCACAGCCGGUACGGGCGUGGGCGUUGACACUCGGCACCACAGAGUGCUGCCCGCACCCGUGGCUUGACUCUCCCGCGCAGACGCGACGCGCGACCCUCAACCCAAGAGCGGCAGGCUUGCAUUGACAACACUGUCUGUCGCUCAGCACGUCGAGCCAGUCCAGCCAGCGCGUGGUUCUGGCCCGCGUCGCACGUCUCGGCCCCGUCCCUUCAGUCCUUGGUUUCUCGCCGCCUUUAUUCCACCGUCCGUUUGGGUGCUCUGGCUAAUUCUUGCGUGUCGGAGGUUUCCAGCGAUACCACCAAUCCUUGCAUCCUUUCCCCUUUGGGGAUAGCGUCACACUGGAAAACGCCCCGGCCCGCCCACCGACAAUCAGCCGUAAACGGUCAAUCAAGCUAGCGAGGUCCCGUGCCGCAGUGCCCAACGUGAGUCGGUACUCUUCCCCGACCCCUGACUGUUAGCGCCCCUCGGUUCAGGCCGCAGGUGCACCGCAUCACGCACUCCAGCCACGCUCGUGACAACCUACCACGAUGAGGCCAGGAAGCAGCAUCGCGGCGGGCAGCUCAACUUCUAGAUGUAGCGACGGUUACUAACCCGCGCCGCAGUCAUCAAUUUGAAGGCGCUGCCAACCGCGUCGACGCCGUGCCAGCGCGCGUUGUUCGUGCGUGUUUGCUGAGGCGUCCGCGUCGCGAGCCCCGUCAAACAUGCAGUCCUGGGGUGGCCAGGACCAGAACGCCGCCGACGGUAGUAAUUCAUGGCAGACGGGCUUCGUGUAUCCCGGCCACAGCGGCCAGUAUGAUCCGAAUCAACACCAAUGGUCCCAGCCCGGCGGCGCUGGCUUCUCUCAGGUCGGCCACGGCCCGCAGGACGGCGGCGUGGCCGACUUCCACUUUGAUCCGGCGCAGCAGGGGACGGGCGGCUUCCUCAGCGAGCAGCAGCAUCUAGCCGCGUCCCAGCAAGGUCAACCCGACUUCCACGACGCGCACAGCUCGAUCCACCAGCAGUUCGUGACGCCGGGCCAGGACAUGCUAGACCCGUCGUUUGCCAACCUCCACCCGGGCAUGUUUGCCCAGCAGCAGGCUGGCAAGAUGCCUCACGGGCACGUAGCCAUGGGCCAGGUCCAGAACCACUCCCAUACACACCCCCAGGCGUUUGCCCAGCAUGACUUCUCAUACCCGGCUCAAGGCGGGCAGACCUUUGGCUCCCCCGCGACCCCGGUGGCUCACUACAGCCCUCCGCAGCUGAUGACUCGACCCGCGUCGACGCGACAGCGAAGCCAUACACCGGUGCAGCAGCAGCAACAACAACAACAGCAGCCACCGCCGCAACAGCCACCGCAACAACAGCAGCAGCAGCAGCCGCCGCCGCCGCAGCAACACUUUGACUCGAACAACAUCCAUCCUGGCUUGGCUCAGGGCGGCACAUAUCCUCGGCCGUCUCAAGCUUCUCCCGUACAGCAACAUGGGCAGCCGCAACUGUUCUCGGCCCCCAGUCAGGCGUAUGCCCCUGCGGCAAAUGGACAACAAGGCCACUUUCAAGCCGGCGCUCACGGCCAGCUCUCGUACCAGCAGUUCCAAGAGCCGCCCGCCCAGUCGCAACCGCAGCAAACCCAUUUCCAACAACAUGGGUUUCCUACGUCACAGACGACGUACCUUCAGCCUGGCCAAGGAACCCCUGUUCAACCACCGCAGCCUCAAGCAUCACAGGCCCCCGCCCCCGCACAAGGAGUAAACGCGGAGUCUGACGCUGGCACCCCUCAAGCUGCGCAGGCCGAGUCUCCGGCGAAGAAGCGGAAACGGGCGUCUAAGAGCACGCCGGAAACCGUUGUCGAGUCUCCGGCCCCAGUUGUCAUUGACCUUUCGGCGGAGUCCACGGCUAAGAAAGUAGAAGAGAUUGAUGCUCUCAAGGCUCCUGUACCUACGGCAGAGGAGGCAAAGCUGCUGAGUGAAGCCUCUAAGCGGGGCAAAACCCAUGGCAAAGCUCUCGCCACCAAGGCCAUUCCGUAUCUUGUCAACGCUGGCACCAUUAAGCUACCUGCACCAAAAAGCUUCGACAAACUCUCCCCAAUGGUUGCCGUUCCGUCACGCAGCGGCAAACCCGCCGUGAUAGGCCUCGGCUACGCACUGCCUUGCGAGGUCCAGGGCCGGUUCACCAGCCAGUACAAGCCGUCACUGGACAAGGCGGGACUCGACGAGAGAAGGGACGAAGCAAAGGACCUUCUCGGCGACUACGACCGUUCAAUGAAGGCCCUGGGCAAGCGGCAGCCCAAGUAUACCGAAUAUCCGCACUCGUUCAAGGAGCAGCUCAAGGCAGACGAGGCCUCCAAGAACAAAGCAGAGAAGAAGGCAAAGAAGGAGCAAGAGGAGGAACGUAACAAACCUGCCCGACCUCCGACACGCCCGACAGACCUCGCUGCGGCGGCCGCCUGGGAUGUCAUUGGUAUCGUUAAGAUUGAGCCCUCCGUGGCCCGGACGAGUACCCUCAUCGCGAACCGGGUCAAGGAGGCGGGCGAGUACCUGAUCAACCUUCGUGCCGAGGCAAACCGAGCUCUCAAGGCGUACGACCAGGCAGUCAAGGACAAGCUGGCCGACGACGAAACAGCAGGCAUCAAGCAGGAGGCGGACCAGAAGCGGGAGGCGCUGUACCAGGCCCUCGACGCCACACUCGUGCAUGCCGACGAUGCCGUCAUCGACAAUCUCGGCGGGCACCAGAAGCUGGUCCUCAGCCUCGUCAACGCGCUGAUUGCGUGUAGCAAGGUCAACGACUUUUCGGGCAAACUCCCCAAGAUUGUUUUGGAGCUCUUCACGCACUUCAAGAUCACCAAGAAGAUUGCUGAGACGCCGAAUUUCGACACGGUGCGCAAGCGCUUCGAGGAAAAGGGGGACAAGGAUGUGAAAGAUCUGGUGCGCGAGGUUUCUGCCGCCAUCAAGAAGUUUAGCAAAGCCGCCGAGUCCGACACAGGAUACGCGGGCACCUCGGCAGCCGGGCGCGCGAAGCUGGGCAUCAAGCCGGCGGACUCGGCCAAGCGUAGCCGGGACGAGGAGGAGGACACCCGAACGGUGAAGAAAAUUGCCGUCGAGCCCGGUUCGUCCCUGAGCAAGAAGCUGGGCCAGUCCAAGGUCCUUUCAUCAAAGGCGGCGCCCUCGGUGGCAAAGACCUCCAUAUUACCCGGCAAGUCAAGACCCGUCGCCAAACCUACCAAGUCAGAGCCGGCCGCGGCAGCCGAUAGCCCGAGCGCGUCGGCCGACGAGAAGAAGACUGUCAGCGCUGCUGCCAAGCCCGUGAUGCCGAAGAAGGAGGCGAAGCCCGUCGCGAAACCACCCGCCGCCCCGACCUCGUCCGUGGUCUCCAGCAUAUCGUCGCUGCUCGACUCCAUCAACUCCAAGAAGCCAGAGCCGCAGGCGCCCGUCGUCAAGGAGGAUAGGUCGGCGACGCCUGAGACGUCGGAGCAGCGCGUCAAGCGUCUGCGCAAGGAGGCCCGUCGCAAACUCCGGGUCAGCUGGAAGCCGGAGAGCGAGCUGGUCCAGAUCAAGGUCUUUGAAAAGGACGACGAAGAAGACGAGGGCCGCGACGUGAAUCAGCUGCGGGACGCCGCCGACGAUCGGUCCGAAGGCAUGGUGCUUAAGCGCCGCGUCAACGUCAACGUCGACGACGAGGACGACGACCUUCCGUACCAGCCGUGGGAAGAGCCGUCGCCGACCGACUUUUCCCAUCUGGCCGAGGACAUCCGCAAGAAGAGCUACGUCACGCGUGGAGGCGACAUGGACGUCAGUACCGAGGAGCAAAAGCGCAUCGCCGAGAGGGAGCAGCGUGAGCUCAUGGCAAUCUACACGGACCCGGCCGAUAUUCCCGAGUCGAGCAAGUCGCCGCCACCGGAAGAGUCUUCGGCCUUUGAGCCCAAGGUGGUGCGGCUACCGGACGACGGCAAGUUUGGCGAGAUUCACCGACGCUGGCAGGAAGAGCAGCAGAUGGGCCGGGACCUGGCCUACGAAGCCGCCUUGAAGCGUCUGGACGCCAAGAACAGCAUGUCGACGAGGCUCGACUCCAUCUUCGGACGUCUUCACCGGCCCGCGGGCCAAGACGCCGCAUCCACGGCACCAAAGCCCUCGACGUCGAGUGCGGCAGUCUCUAAGGCAACCAAUAUGCACGUCCCGUUUGCGUAUGGUCCGACGGUAGAGGUCAACGUCCUCGAGUGGCUCAAGUGGGAUAAGAACCGUUUGUGGCGCGACCCCGACCCGGUGCGAGCAAAUGCCGCGCCGGCUCAUCAAUACGCCCCCGAGGCGGAGCAGGCGGGCAGGGUGUUGGAGAGCGUUGUCGAGCUGCUUGGCGGCAAGCCGUAUCCCGCCGUGGGGCCUCCACAGUGGCUGAAGAACGACGAGGAGCGGGUGCGCGAGUGGUGGCUGGGAUACAACAAGGAGGCGGCGGCGAGGCAGAAACGGCAAGAAGAGGAGCGCGCGCGGGCCGAGGCCGAAGCCAACGCGCUCCGAGCCACGGCCGGCGGCGCGCAGGACUGGACCGCCUACUACGCGCAACAGCAAUACGCCCCGUACAUGGCGCUGCUGCAGCAGAUUAACGGUGGUGCGCAGCAGCAGCCGCCCGCAGCGCAACCCCCCUCGGCGGCGCCGCAGAUGCCUGACAACCAGCUGCAGUCGAUCCUGGCUGCUAUCAACAGCCAGCCGUCGCAGCAGGGUCAGCAGCAUCACCUCGACUAUGCCGCAUCGUUUGCGCAGGGACAGCACGCGUCGUCGUCGUCAUCGCACGCCGCUGGGGACCAUGAGCGGGACUGGGAGCGUACGGAUCACCAAGGCCGGGCAGGCGAGCAGCAUCGCGACGGUGACGAUGCUCGGGGGAAGAAGAAGCAGCGUUCGCUGCCGCCGCACAAGCCGGCCAACAAGGCGCUCAUCGGCACCAAGCCGUGCACGUUCUGGCAGCAGGGCAAGUGCGCUCGAGGCGACAAGUGCACGUUUAGACAUGGUUAGAGUUUUUUCUUGUCUCUCCUUCUUUUUGGUGAGGAUGGGAAGGGCCGGUCAUUGUGUUUGUUGGGGGUGGGGUGCAUCUAUUGCGGCGGGCACGCCUGGAGUUGAGGCCAUCAUCUGUCAUUGCAUUUUUCGUGGGCGGCUGACCGUGCUUUUCUUGGCGGCGACGGAAAGCCUGUAUACAAUAACUACUAGCCUGGCCCUUGCCGGCAGACAUCAAGUGCUCAAAUACGAUCCAUUUGCCUGUA